GAGUCGACUCCGAACCGCCUCGGCCGUUGCACGUCAACAUUAUAUUAUACAAAAUUCUGUAAUGUUAUUUUAAAAAUUAUUCGUUUUUUUUUUUCUUUUAUUAUCUACGUGUCUUUAAUGUCGGCUGUAUAACAUUGGCUGUAUAGAUUCUGUCGUUUGAUUUUCGAACGUUCCAAUUCCGGUUUUUGUUUUAAUUGUUGUUCGCGUGACAUUGUGUACUGCGUUCGAAUUUUGAAUGUUCUAAAUAUAUCUCGCGUUUGUUGUGCGUUAAUUAUUAUAAAUAGAUCCAUUUUCGUAAUACAUUUCAUCCGACUUUCGUUUUGAUAUGGGUAAGGAGGUCCAGAAAAGAUGGCGCUCCAUCAGGGAUUCGUACACCAAGGCGUUUAGACAGGGCAAGUGUCCGCCGCCGGAGCAGUGCGCCCCGGGUAGCAGGAGAUACCAGUACCACAGACAGAUGUCCUUCCUGCUGAAGGCUCUGCAGAACAAAAAACCACGUUACUCACAAGAUAAAUACGAAUCAUUCUCCGAAGUAUCGAACUCCCCGCAGCAUCCGCCGCCUGAAGACGUGUCGCGGGUCAAGAACGAGAUCACAGACAAGCCUCUGGACCUCAAGACCAAACCUGAAACAGCUGACAGACCGGAAACACAGGACAAAUACAGCCAGGCGUCCAUAGACAAGAAGCUGGAGAUAACUACAGACGCGACCCACAUACUACCAAAUGAUCACUUCGACGAUGACAAGCUGUUCAUGAAUUCAUUACUGCCGUUAUUCAAGAAGAUGACCGACGACACGCGUCUGUUGUGUAGAAUAGAAGUGUUGAAGAUCAUCAGGUACGCGCUACAAGGACACCAGGCCUUCGACCCGCCCAAGAUGAACGACGACAGCUACAAGCAAGUGAAUGUUGAGAAGAGGGAUGCCACAGACAGUAAGACUGAGAGCACACUGUCUAUGACCACAAGAUCAGCUGACGGAAGUCGACCCAUCAGGAAGCGGAGGGCUCGAUCCCCAUCCCCACUUCCUGUACCACCUAAACGUAGAGGACCAGGUCGACCCAGGAAGAUCCGUCCGCCUCCCUCUGAUUCCGAGGAGGACGUUCCUCAGAGAAGAUUUCCCAAGCUGAAGACAUCUCCGGUAGACUCUCACGAUGAGGACUACAGUAAAGCAACCAGUGUGGCUCAGCUCUCCACUCCACUCUUCAUGAAGAUGUACAACUUGGAAAGAUCAAAAGUGGCUCCGAUAACAUCAACACAGUCCAUGCUCGUUUCUGUAAAGACAGAACCUCUCGAUACGCAGUCAGUUAGCCCCAUGUAGACUAUGUAAUAUAAUAAAUGGAUACAUUAUAUAUUAUUAUAUAUCUAUAAAGACUAAGAAUAUUCAUGUUAAAAUGUAAAUCUUAAUAUCAAAUUCAGAAUAAUGUUUGUGGUUGAAAUUAUAUGUAAAAUUUUACUUAGUUAUUUGAGAUAUAUGUAUAAAAAUAUAUAUGUAUAUGUAAUUUGGUAAAAAAAAAUAUGUUUGUAUGUCUGUAAGAUUGAAAUGUGAUAUUACUUAGAACUUAGUUAUUAAUUUACUUGUGUUUCGUUAAAUGAUAUGUUAAUAUUUAAGUUAUAUAUAAGUUGAAGCAUUUUUUAUUUAGUUUAGUUAUGUGGACUAAUAUGUUCUGUAGGUUGUAAAUAAAAAUUAAUUUACAGUUCUGUCAUAUGUUCUUAAUAAUGAAAUAAAUAAAAAAUAGCAUUAUUUAUUCUACUGUUCCUUGAAUGGAAUAUAACAAACAUAUAUAAAACAGAAAUUAUUACAUAACAAAAUUAUGUAUUUUGAAAAUAUUUUUCAAAUAUAUGACAGGAUGUAUAGAUAUUUAAAAGGACUUUUCAGUGUUGUUGUAAAUAUGUGUAUGAGCUUAAAUGUACUAUAUUCAUUAUACAAUAAUAUAUAUUAUGUAUAUACAUUCCAUGUCUGCGGGACAAUUAAUUUUUGUCAUACAUUAAAUAAAUAUAUUGUAAAUUA